GCGGAAAGAGGAGCGAGAAGAGAGGAUUUGGUGAACCGAGGAGAGACAGAUAGGGGAGAGGGACCAUGGCUGCUCUCUCUGCCCUGCUGAAGACCUGGGUACUACUGCAGACCUUGUGCCUGGCUCUGGCCCAAGUGAGGGGUCCACCUGGACCUCAGGGCCAGCCCGGCCCACCAGGCCCCUCUGGCACCCCUGGGUCAGACGGCAUUGAUGGAGAUAAAGGACUUCCUGGGUCCCCUGGUCCACCAGGACAAAAGGGAGAGCCGGGAGAGCCAGGACCUGAUGGAGCACCAGGAGAGAAUGGCAUUGAUGGCUUGAUCGGAGCAAAGGGGGAUCGAGGUCCUAUUGGGAGCCCUGGCCCUAAGGGUCAGUCUGGACCAAGCGGUGAACCUGGACCUCCUGGACUCGGCCUUCCAGGACUGGCUGGCGCUCCAGGGCCGAUUGGACUUCCAGGUGAGAUUGGACCAACUGGACCAAAGGGUGUCAUGGGAUCACCUGGACCUCCAGGACUUCCUGGACCUCCUGGCAAGCCCGGUCCUCCAGGGAAGUUUAUUGGUGGAGAAGAAGGCAGCGCAGACUUCCAGUGUCCUCUUAACUGUCCAGCAGGACCUAAAGGCCCCCAGGGACUGCAGGGAGUCAAGGGACACAAAGGACGUGCUGGCAUUCUCGGAGAUCCCGGUAGCAUAGGAAAAAUGGGCACCAAGGGAGAAGUGGGCAUCUCUGGGGAGCAGGGCAUCCCAGGACCUCCGGGUCCAAUGGGUCUCAGGGGUUAUCCAGGAAUGAUGGGUCCUAAAGGGGAAGCAGGGCCUCGUGGUUACAAGGGCAUCAACGGACCUGUAGGAAUUCCUGGGCCUCCUGGUGAGGAGGGGCCUCAGGGACCGCCCGGAGAGGCAGGAGACAAGGGAGACAAAGGCAGCCGUGGUAUCCAGGGCCCACAGGGAGCGGUUGGCAAAAAGGGGGAGAAUGGUCUGCCGGGUAUCGAUGGAAAAGAUGGCACACCUGGUAUUCCUGGACUAAAAGGUGGCCCUGGUCAGGCCGGGAUGCCUGGUCCUCCUGGUCCUCAGGGAGCAGCGGGAUUGCCUGGCAGCCCCGGGUCAAAGGGAGGACCUGGAUUUAAGGGCGAGCCUGGAUCUCGGGGUCAUGUUGGCAUGCCCGGUGCCCCCGGACCUCUGGGUGAGCCUGGUCUUCCUGGUGAGGCUGGUAUGGAAGGAGUUCCUGGACCCAAGGGCGACAGAGGCCAGCGUGGAGAACUUGGGCCACAGGGAGUAGUCGGCAAGCCUGGGAACAAAGGAGAGAGAGGACCAAUUGGUGUUCCUGGUGCCCAGGGUCUUAGUGGAACCAAGGGAGACAAGGGCUUCCAAGGAAAGGUUGGGUCGAAGGGAGACAUUGGUGACCCCGGUGUUGAGGGAUUGGCUGGCGAGAAAGGUGAAAAGGGUUUGUCUGGUGAACCGGGACCUAAAGGACAGCAAGGGAUUAGGGGCGAUGCUGGACACAAUGGACCCACCGGAGACCCUGGUAAACCCGGAGACCUCGGACCACCAGGACUGCCUGGUCCUAGGGGUCUCAAUGGAGAGCGAGGAGUUCCCGGCAUGCCGGGCAUUCAGGGAGCAGCAGGACGUGAUGCAUCUGACCAGCAUAUUAUUGAAGUGGUAUUGAAGAUGUUGCAGGAGAGGCUAGCAGCAGUGGCGGUGAGCGCCAAGAGAGCUGUGCUUGGUGGAGCAGGUGUGAUGGGUCCUCCAGGGCCUCCUGGACCUCCAGGGUCACCUGGCUCUCAGGGCCCACAUGGCUUACCUGGUGGCCGUGGCAUUCCUGGCAUGAUUGGAGCACCUGGACAGAUUGGAAACACGGGACUUAAAGGAAAGAGAGGGGCGAAGGGAGACAGAGGAGAUCCCGGUAAACCCCAUCCAGGACCACCAGGACCCCCAGGAAUACAGGGUCCUCCAGGGGUUGAUGGCGUGGCUCGGGACGGUAGGCACGGCGAGAGGGGACCUCAGGGAGCGGCCGGAGAGGCCGGUCGCCCCGGUAAGGCGGGUGCGCCGGGUCUCCCAGGCUUUUGCGAGACGGCGAUGUGUCUGGCUGCGUCAGCGUACACCUCCCCGAGACUACAGGAGGCGGGAACAAUCAAAGGACCCAAUGUUUAGAGAGCUGUCUCUCCGUGAGCAGCUCACCACACCUGGGAGAGAGGGGGAGAGAGGCCGCCCUUCUCAGCAGGACAACAUCGAGGACGAAGGGGUGGGGGACGGAAACAGUGACUGGGUGUCUAAGCGCCCCCUCCUGAAACUGACAACCUGAAGUUUUGACUGGUGGGACACACUCUUGAUCAUAAUCCCCCACAUCACCAUGACAACAGCAGCUCACAGCCACCCACAUCCCUAAAAAUUCUCUAGUGUUUUUGGAUGAUGUCAGUGUCAGUCCCAUCCAAAUAUCCCAGCCCUGUUCCAGCAGUGAGCGAGGAACAGAUUCAUAUCGCAUCUCCUUGUCUCCCACCACCACAGUAUCUAUGAGCUGAGAGGAGCCGAAAACCAAGUGCGGUGAAAGGUGCUUUUCUCGUCCACCGUGGUCACUUUGAACCGUUUUACAUAUGCAGCAUUUUGUUUCAGUCGUGUUUGAAGUUUGAAUGCCUUGCCUCUCUUGAGACGUCACACCUGAUGCCUUCAAAGUGUACAAAAAGGACCAAUAAAUGAUUAAAGCCUAAAUUUACACUCAGUACUGUACUGUAUUGUAAAAUGUAGUUCUUUUCAUCUAUAAGCUUGAGUGAAAUCCCUGAUUUACCUCAUGUGUACAUUGGCCCCCUCCCCUCCCCCUCCCCGCUUUCUACCCAAGUCUCAUUUUAGAAACUAACGACUAGCUUUAUCUCUUCCUCUUGUUGCCUGGCAACAGCAUAUCCCGAUGGGCACUCCCAUCUCCCACAAUGCAGUGCUGUAAAUCUUUGUAAAUGUGUGUUGAUUAUUAUGUAGAGAAAAAGAAAUGGGUUACGAUAUGCACCAACAAAAAUCCUGUGUUAAUGAAUUCAGUGAGUAAUAAAAAGUUCCUACAGAUAUAACGACUUUUUCUCCAAACGAAUCAGUCCGAAUGUGCUUCCUAUGCCACUGUCAACUUUCCACAGGCUGUCAGCGAUUUAAUGACUGAUUUAUUUUCAUCAACAGAAAUUAUUUAUUGUUCUUCAUAUACUCAUAUGUAAAG